UAUUCGUGGUGAUGUUUUUCCGUCGAUAUGUGUGUGUUUGGGUCUGGGGAAAAAUAAUAAUUCAGUGAGUGGAAUCUCAAAAAUUAAAAAUGGCUGAUAGAAUACGUCUUUCGGACCUAGUCUGGCUUCAGCCGGAAGGGAAAUCGGAAUUCGAUAUUCCGAUUGCCGUUAAAAUACUCAACAGUUCUGGAGGUCUGAUACAAGUUCAAGAUGACGAUGGCAAAGUUUUUAGUACAUCUGUCAAUAAUGUUAUCAAACCUUUACACGCCACCUCUGUUCAGAAUGUGGAAGACAUGAUCACUCUUGGAGAACUACAGGAGCACACAAUCCUUCGCAAUCUUCACAUACGUUAUAAUCGGCAGCUGAUUUACACAUACACGGGAACGAUGUUAAUUGCAAUCAAUCCUUACGAAAUCUUGCCGAUAUACACAAUGGAUCAAAUACAUUUUUAUCAAGAUAGAAACGUAGGUGAGAUUCCACCUCACAUAUUUGCAAUUGGUAAUAAUGCAUACAAAGAACUACUGGGUACUUCAUCAAAUCAGUGUAUCGUUAUAAGUGGUGAAAGUGGCGCAGGAAAAACGGAAAGCACGAAGUUAUUGUUGCAGUAUCUAGCUGCUGCCAGUGGAAAACAUUCAUGGAUCGAACAACAGAUACAAGAAACUAAUCCCAUACUAGAGGCGUUUGGUAACGCUAAAACUGUUAAGAACGAUAAUUCGUCCAGAUUUGGGAAGUACAUUAAUAUUUACUUCAACAAGCAAGGAGUUAUUGAAGGAGGAAAUAUUGAUCAGUAUCUUUUAGAAAGAUCACGAAUUGUAUUUCAAAAUAGAGGUGAACGUAAUUACCAUAUAUUCUAUUCGCUCGUAACAGGAUUGUCUGCGGAUGAGAAAAAGAAACUUGAACUGGGCCGUCCGUCGGAUUAUGUUUACUUAAAUUCCGGUAACAUGCUAACUUGUGAUGGAAGAAACGAUGCUCUCGAAUUUGCAGACAUACGAUCUGCAUUCAAGGUUCUUAAUUUCCCAGAAAACGAAGUGUGGGGAGUAUUUAGUCUUCUAGCAGCCAUAUUACAUUUAGGAAAUUUGAAAUUUAAAUCAUUCAACUUGAACAACAUCGACUCCUCUGAAGUAGCGGAUACGACGAACGCGACAAGGAUUGCAAAUAUUCUUGGUGUCAACAAAGCUACUUUUUGUGAUGCACUAACAAAGAAAACAUUGAUUGCACAAGGAGAUAAAGUCGUAUCUACAUUGUCAGUAUCGGCAGCAAUAGAAGGCAGAGAUGCACUUGUUAAAGCUAUUUACGGGCACGUUUUCGAAUAUAUUGUAGAAACUAUCAACAAGACUUUAUGCAAAGGGCAGCAGCUGUCCAGUGGUUCCGUGGGUAUCCUAGAUAUAUUUGGGUUUGAAAACUUUCUAUCAAAUAGUUUCGAGCAACUAUGUAUAAAUUAUGCCAACGAAAAUUUGCAACAAUUUUUCGUCAGACAUAUUUUUAAAAUUGAACAAGAACAGUACCAGAAAGAGGGCAUAACAUGGACGAAUAUCAACUAUGUUGACAAUCAGAUUAAUUUAGAUAUGAUCGGCUUGAAGCCAAUGAACUUGUUAUCGCUCAUCGAUGAAGAGUCGAGGUUUCCUAAGGGCACUGAUAUAACUCUUCUCUCAAAACUUCAUAGCAACCACAGCAACAACACCAGCUACGUUACGCCAAAGUCCACACAUGAGCACAGAUUUGGUGUUCGGCAUUACGCUGGCGAUGUUUAUUACGAAGUUAAAGGUUUCCUAGAUAAAAAUAGGGACAUGCUGACAUCCGACGUAAAAGAAAUGAUAAUGGAUUCUAAUAACGAUUUCCUUAAAAGACUUUUUCCAAUGGAGUCUGUGUCUCAAAGUGGAAGUAGAAAAACAGUGUCUCUAAGUUACCAAUUUAAGACAUCUUUAGACGCUCUAAUGAAGACACUUUACGCAUGUCAUCCGUUCUUUGUAAGAUGUAUUAAACCGAAUGAACAUAAGAAGCCUAGGCUUUUUGAUCGUACUCUUUGCGUUCGACAAUUACGUUACGCUGGUCUGAUGGAAACAGCGAAAAUAAGACAAGCCGGCUACCCCAUUAGAUAUCCGUACACUGAAUUUGUACACAGAUAUCGUCUCGUCGUCGAUGGAAUCCCGCCAGCAGAGAAAACUGACUGCAUUGCUGCCGCAAAAAAGAUAUGCAAUGAAAUUUUAAAAGAUGAAGACUUUAGAUUUGGUCAUACAAAAGUGUUUAUGAAAGAUCACCAUGAUGUUAUUCUAGAAGAAAUAAGACAUACAGUGAUACUUAGAAGUGUUAUUAAAACGCAAGCUAAUAUACGAAGAUUUAUACAGAGACGUAAAUAUUUGCGAAUGCGUGCGGCUGCGAUCACUUUGCAGAAGCAUUUCCGAGCUCGAGGAUACAGAAACCGAUACCUUAUUCUAAGACGAGGCUACUUACGAUUACAGGCCGUAAUUAAAUCCAGAGAACUAAGGAGAACUUUUCUUAACUUACGGAAAUUCUUCACAAAUCUACAAGCGCACUGCAAAGGUUAUUUGGUUAGGAAAUUAGUUAAGGAAAAGGGAGAUAUUAUUCGAGCUAAGUUAGCAGAACUUCAUAUGGAAAAGGAAGAAUUGAUAUUAGUUAAUAAUGAUGUACAAGCAGCUGAAAAUGAAUACGAGAAAAAGUUCGAUGAUAUUAUGCGGUCAAUUUGGAUUACUAAGGAGGCAACGGAAAGUAAUACUCAAAAUGCGGAGGGAAUUGACGAUAAAUAUGUCGAUGACGUUUUUGGUUUCUUAAAAGAUACUUCAACGCCUGCGGGAACUGUUCGGGGAACUGGAUUUGGAGUGACAUUAACCGAGAAGCAAUCGACAGACGAAGUAAUACCGCUUCGGCAAGAAUUACAAGAGGAACCAUUUGAUGCUUUCAAUUAUAGAAAAUUUGCAGCAACAUAUUUCUUAGGAAAUACAAGUCACCAGUACUCUCGAAAGCCUUUAAAAAAUUCACUAUUAGACUUGCCAUCUCCUAUCGACAAUGUGGCAGCACAAGCUCUUUGGAUAACAAUACUAAGAUUUAUGGGAGAUUUGGCGGAACCCAAAUAUGUUGAUGAUAAAAUUGAUAAUAUACCAGUUAUGACGAAGUUGACUGACACUAUAGGACGAGCAUUUCAAAAGAGCAAAGAGUUUGAGGCCCUCAUACAACCUGAAAGAAGCACUAACAGUAGUAGUAAAAUUGUCCAAAAAUCAAUCAAGCGACGUGCGAAAAUGAACGAAGAAUUUAUGAGAAAUAUAAUGAACGAUGACUCUACCAAUGAAAUGUAUCACGAUUGGUUACAUUCAAGGCGAAGCACAAACUUAGAAAAGUUACAUUUUAUCAUAGGCCAUGGUAUCAUUCGUAAAGAGUUACGUGAUGAAAUAUUUUGUCAAUUAUGUAAACAGUUGACAAAUAAUCCUUCGAAAUCUUCUCACGCUCGAGGUUGGAUUCUACUAUCGCUAUGUGUUGGUUGCUUCCCACCAUCAGAGAGAUUUGUUAAAUACUUACGAUCGUUCAUUCGCGACGGCCCACCCGGAUACGCACCAUAUUGUGAAGGAAGGCUAAUGAGAACAUUCAAAAACGGAGCCAGAACACAACCUCCGAGUUGGCUGGAGUUGCAAGCGACUAAAACGAAAAAACCGAUACUUCUAACAGUAACUCUCAUGGAUGAGUCUAUGAAGACGGUACAGUCUGAUUCAGCGACUACGUCGGAGGAAAUAUGUCAACAAAUAGCUGAUAACAUAGGACUGACCGACGUUUUCGGAUUUUCUUUAUACAUAACUUUGUAUGAUAUCGUUCUAUCCCUGGGAAAUGAAAACGUCCAUAUUAUGGAUGCUGUGUCUCAAUGCGAGCAGUUUGCUAAGGAACAGGGUACUCCUGAAAAGAAUGCACCAUGGAGAUUGUUUUUCCGAAAGGAGGUAUUUACUCCUUGGCAUAAUCCUGCUGAAGAUCCUAUAGCGACCAAUCUCAUUUAUUACCAAGUUGCCAAAGGCGUUAAAUUUGGUGAAUAUCGAUGUAAUUCGGAGAAAGAUUUAGCCAUGCUAGCAGCACAGCAACAUUACAUUGAACAUGGCGAUCGAUUAGAUCCAAAUGUACUGAGAAAAGUUAUUGUUAACUACAUACCGAAUCAAUUCAUUAAAUCCAAUGAUGUAGCUUUAACAAAAUGGGAACAUCUUGUAACUAAAGCCUUCGAAUCUGCUAAAAGUAUUCAGUCAAAGGUUGAUCCAUUGCGUUGUAAAGAAGACAUAGUCAUAUUCGCAAAAUUGAAGUGGCCAAUGCUUUUCUCAAGGUUUUUUGAAGCAGUGAAAUUAAAAGGAGACUCUAUUAGUAAGGAUAUUAUCAUAAUAGCUGUGAAUUGGACCGGUAUAUACAUUGUAGAUCAGUUAGAGCAUAUUCUUCUUGAAAUAUCGUAUCCGGAGAUAACUUACGUCGCGUACGAUGACGACGAGGAGUACGAUAAUGUAGGAAGAGUUACCAUACGGACUAUACAGCAAGAAGAAUUUGUCUUUCAAAGUGUAGAUGCGAGCGAAUUAAGUUCACUAAUGAUUUACAUUAUAGAUGGUUUAAAACGACGCUCCACUUACGUUAUCGCACAAAUGGACUCUCAAGGCUAUAGUGAUGCUGCCUCAUUCUUACAGUAUAAAAAAGGUGAUCUUAUAACACUACUGCACGACUGUACGGGAGAAACUUUAAUGAAUUCUACAUGGGGUCACGGAUCUUGUAACAAUCAAGAAGGUCUAUUCCCUACAGAGCAAGUAUAUAUAUUACCAACACUUUCCUUGCCAUCAGACGUUAUUCUAGAUACGUUUAAAAAGGGCAAUAUUAACACUGAUAAGAAGCCAUUAUCGAAAUACAAUACCCUUCAAAGAAAGAGGAUGCAUACUUUGGAAAAUUUUGCCAAGGAAUAUUUUAGAGAAAAUACUGAUUUUAAUACUACUAUAUCGAAACAAUCAACAUUGAACACUGCUAAGAAGCCACUAGUUAUUGAUUUAUGGGCACAUAGCCGUGAAAAUUUGAAGAAACCUCUACUUAAAAAAUUGAUAGGAGAUGAGAAACUUUCCAAGCAUGCUUUGACAGCUUUUUAUGCGAUUCAAAAAUAUAUGGGAGAUUUACCGGCAGCGAAACCUAGAUCUGCUACUGAAUACACUGACGAAAUAUUCAAAGCAGCUUUAACCGAACCGAGUUUACGUGACGAAAUAUACUGUCAAAUAAUGAAACAACUGACUAAUAAUCGAAUACAACUUAGCGAAGAACGAGGUUGGGAGCUAAUGUGGCUCGUAACUGGAAUAUUUGCUUGUGGACAAAUACUGAUAAAGGACCUCGUCGAAUUCCUUAAGUCGCGUCCGCACCCUAUAGCUAAAGAAUGUUUGAAACGCGUAUUUAAAACUCAAAAGCAUGGGCCGAGGAUGUAUCCACCUUAUGUUAUUGAGGUGGAAGCAAUCCAGCACAGAAGUAUGCAAAUAUAUCACAAAGUUUACUUCCCAGAUGACACUGACGAAGCAUUUGAAGUAGAUUCCUCGACAAGAGCGAGGGACCUAUGUGAACAAAUAACUGGCCGUUUGAAUUUAAAAAAUAGCGACGGUUUUAGUUUAUUCGUUAAAAUAGCAGACAAAGUGUUUUCAGUUCCGGAAAACUAUUAUUUCUUUGAUUUUGUUCAUGAGCUUGUAGAAUGGAUGAAGAGGUCUCGGCCUGUACGUUCAGCUGGUUCUCAAGUUCAAAUGAAUUAUCAAAUCUUUUUUAUGAAAAAGUUGUGGAUUAACACAGUACCUGGCAAGGAUAAAAAUGCCGAUCAAAUAUUUUACUUUCCACAAGAAUUGCCAAAAUAUUUGCGUGGAUAUCACAAAACAUCAAAACAAGAUUUAGUGGAAUUAGCUGCUCUUAUUUAUCGAGCUCGUUAUGGAGAUGAUCAAACUGGAUUAACACAGAUUACUCAAAUUUUAGAAGAUCUCAUACCAUCAGAUAUGACGAGAAUUCAGACGAAUUCACAAUGGAAGUCUUCGAUAACAGCGGCUUAUUUGAGACAUGGGAAUAUGACGGAAGAAGAAGCUAAAGAGCAGUUUCUAAAGAAAAUUUACCAAUUACCAACAUUUGGCACUGCUUUUUUUGAAGUUAAACAAACAUCCGACCCAACCUAUCCAGAAAUGGUUGUUAUAGGAAUCAAUAGGAAUGGUGUUAGUGUAAUCCAUCCCCAAAGUCGAGAUGUAUUAAUAACACACCCGUUUUCUCAACUUUCUAACUGGUCAUCCGGUAAUACCUUCUUCCACAUGACAAUGGGUAAUGUUCUUCGUGGAACAAAAAUUCUUUGCGAAACAUCAUUAGGUUACAAAAUGGAUGACCUAAUAUCAUCAUACAUCGCUGUGCUGAGACAAGCUGUUCGUCAAAAAUCCAGGCCAUAGUUGUAAUUCAAAUGUUGGUACAUUUAUUGAUCUAUUUAUUUAUAUAAAUAAACAAAUAAAUAUUUUUAUGAAAA